CUUCAUCAUAUCUUAACUGUGGGUUUUCAUUUUACAGAAUUGACUGAAAAUGUCAUUUGCUGCAAGAGUUGUCGAGGACACCCGGUUCCCGAUCGGAUGGGAAGUUCUGCCACACCCAGCGUACUUACGAAAAAUUACACUUGCCAUGUACCACAUGUGCCACUCAAAUCGGCACAGCAUGGCUUGGCUGGCAAGCGAGUUCGCAAAGUUGAAGAAGUGCGAACACGGGUCGGUCGGUGCUUUGUUUCUAAUAAUAAUUUCAUGUGCAAAUUAUGUGGACAAAAUUUGAAGGAUGUGAGUCUAUUUUUUCGAUCUCAAUGCAUAUCAGAUUUGUCACAAACAGUGUGCACCCAGCAUGUAAAUAGUUCUCACGAACCUGUUUGCCUUGUGAGCGGAAGUUGAAAGUGAUGCGAAUGAUGUGCCACGUCACCGUGCUUAACAAACUCACAGAAUACAAUAAAGAACGAAACUCCAAACAUUUUGAUAACUUUAUAAAUUUAGAAAGAAAAGAAAAAAAAAGAAGAAAAGAAAAGCAAAAUAUCUAGAAAGCAUUUUUCAAAC